AUGUACUUCAUCCCGUUUGUGUAUCAUGCAUCCUUCUUUUCCGUGGCGAAUGCGGCCGGGUCGAUUUACGCGUGGUACUCGACGCGGCGCCGCAUGAUGCUCUUCACGGGGGCGUUCAACACCACACUGGCCGCUGGGGCCGCCUACGCCUACCCGUUUGACGCCACGCUUUCCAACGCGUACGUGUCUAUUGCUGCGACUUGCGCCUCCAUGCAGUUUGUGCUUCACGGCCUCCGCACAAAGGCGCUGCUGCGGCCCACCCCGUUGGUUGGGGUCUACUACGCCUGGUGUCUCUCCCUCCUCGUCUACGGUGUGCAGCGGGGCAGGUGGGCGUACGUCCUGCGCGACGACUGA